CUUCCAAUUUAAAGACGGUCACACUCUCCGCCGGACAGCUGUUGGAAAAAUGUCUUCAACGUUAAUAAAAUGUUUUAAUUUGGCUAAAACUGUGGGAAAUGCAACGGUGAAGAGCUUACUGGCCGCUCCCAAGCAGCCAUGGCAAGCCUGCAGUGCGGUCGCCCUGCAGACGCCGCAUGCCCAGAUGCAGAUGCAGAUGCACACUUCACCUGUUCGCCGGGAUCUGAUGGAGUUCUUCGACGACAAGAAGAACUGGAGCGAGACCGAGGUGAAGGUGGGCCGUGCCUGGCGGACAGAGGAGCUGCGUAUCAAGUCCAACAAGGAGCUGCACCAGUUGUGGUUCGUGCUUCUCAAGGAGCGCAACAUGUUGAUGACCAUGGAGCACGAGUGCAACGACAAAAUGGAAGUAUUCCCCAGCCCAGAGCGCAUCGAUAAGGUGAAGAUUUCCAUGGAGAACCUGGAGACAGUGGUUAGGGAGCGCAACAAGGCGUAUCACCUGCUGGAGACAGGUGAAACCGGCGAGCGGCCCCAGAAGCCGGUGCAGAACGCAUUCGGACUGAAGGUCUCCUACAAAUCAUGCGAACACGUCCUGCCACCCUUCAUGAACCUCAAAUGGAUCAAGUCCCGCAACAUUGGCUUCGGCGGCCGAGCCGUCAACAGAUUCCUGCUGAAGUACCGCGAGAAGCUCUACAAUGCCAAGCGCAAGGCCAAGAACCGCUCCCGCAACGAAGUCAUGAUGAUCCUGCGCCGCAAUCCCAACUUCGACCUGGGCGUGCUGCGUCGCCAAUUCCCCGAUGUGAACGUUGACAAGCUGUGCAAUGAGGACAAGGUUCGAGGUCACUAUGUGCCCAAGGUUGGCGUUUGAGCUGGGACGAUUGCAGUUAUUUAGUGAUUAAAACAACAAAAUACCAACAACA